AUGCAUGUUGCAGAAAGCUCCCCUUUCACACCGCUGGUGGUUGUGGAUAUCGCAUGGUUGGCCUACGAGGCUGGUCGCGAUUGUGAGAUUCUCGUUUCUUGCGUGCUCAAGAGGCCGAAGAAGCGUUUGGCCGACGCCGUUCGCGACAAGCUCAGCUUGGGGAAGAUUUUCCUGAAAAUCUGCGCUGAUGGAGUCACCAAGGAGCAGCAAUGA